CACAGAGUGCUUCUAAGACGGCUUUCUAACAAACCAACUCAAGUGUAGGAACCUGCAGCAAUGUUGGCCCCAGGUGUGUGCAUGAACAUCAUCAAUGAGCGUCGCACCAAAGACGGCUAUGGGACUUUCUCUAACCCUGAGAAGUUCCUCAACCAGGACUAUCAGGUGCUCAAAGAGUACUGCCUGAUCCAACGGAAGAGGUAUACCGAUGACAUGUUUCCCGCAGACCGCUGGUCCAUCAGCAGGGAGACGCAGCCGCCUUCAUAUCUGGACCAUGUGAAGUGGCUCAGACCACGGGAAAUUGUUUCCAAUCCUUCCUUCGUUGUCGAUGGAAUCUCAAGGUUUGACUUUGGUCAAGGAUGGGCUGACAACUGCUGGUUUCUUUCUGCUGUCGGAGCUCUAACCUUCCAGGAUUCCAUCCUGAAACAAGUGGUUCCUCUUGAGCAAUCAUUUGAUGAGGAUUACUGCGGACUGUUCCACUUCAGGUUUUGGAGAUUUGGAAAAUGGGUCGAUGUUGUCAUUGAUGACAAACUUCCGACAAUCCAAGGCAAAUUAAUUUUUGUCCACUCUAACACUCCAACUGAAUUCUGGCCUGCUUUGCUGGAGAAGGCAUAUGCUAAGGUUUGUGGCUCCUAUUCUGACAUGAACGCUGGGUCUCCGUCUGAGGCGUUGGUGGACUUCACCGGAGGGGUUCACAUUUGUCUGGAUCUGGCUAAACGACCUCCAAACCUGUGGGAGCUGAUGAGCCAAGCCAGCCUGGCCAAGUCACUGAUUGGCUGUGGGACACUGCCGGGUACUUCUACCAACUCCCCGUUAGAAAACGGACUGGUUCAAGGCCACGCCUACACUGUGACGGGGGUCAAGCAGGUGCUGAGUAGAGGGAAGGCUGUGCGUUUGGUGCGUCUUUGGAACCCCUGGGGCCACGGAGAGUGGAAUGGAGACUGGAGUGAUCAGUCAUCUCUGUGGCAAACCGUAAGUCAUCAUGACAGAGAAACGAUGCUUUCUGUCUGUGAAGAUGGAGAGUUUUGGAUGUCUCUUAAAGAUUUUUGUGAAUCCUACGCUGAUAUUGACAUCUGCUGCCUGUGUCCGAGCUUCCUCGAUGGAAGCUCCCCCAUUCACUGGAAGACCUCACGCCAUGAGGGCCGAUGGGUUGCAGGAGUGACUGCUGGAGGCUGCAUGAAUUACCCUGAGUCCUUCUGGACCAAUCCACAGUACCGAGUCAAGAUCGGUGAAUGCAGGGAGCAGGGUGAAAACAUCAUGCUGGUGUCUCUGAUGCAGAAGCAAGACAAAAGACACAGACGACAGGACCAAAACAUCAACAUUGGAUUUAAUGUGUUUGAGGUGCCUCAAGAACACCAAGGAAAGAGGGGAAAAUUUCCAGCCUGUUUCUUCAGUAGAGCCAAAUGUGUGAAUCAGACGGAGACUUAUAAGGAUGCACGUGAGGUGAUGAAGCUGAUGACACUGGAGCCUGGUGAAUACUUGAUCGUUCCAGCCACCUUUGACCCAAACAUGACGGUCUCCUUCAUCCUGACCAUCCUCUCCAAGUCUGAAAUUAACGUCUAUGAAAACUCUGAUGCCUGCAACCUUAAUCAAAUGGAACCAGAGAAGACCACUUCACAGGACAAUGUAGCGGAUGAAGAUAAUAAGAGAACCUUGUUCAGACAGAUAUCUGGCCAGUAUGUGGAAGUGGAUGCUGAGCAGCUCAAACAUCUCCUUAAUGAACGAAUCCUAAAAGGGGACCUAAAAUCUGGAGGUUUCAGCACUGAUGCCUGUCGCAGCAUGGUUGCUUUAAUGGAUACAUCUGUCACUGGCAAACUGGACGAUAAGGAAUUCAUUGGUUUGUGGAGGAAGAUCGUGGCAUACAAGGACAUCUUCUAUCACAGUGAUGUGUCCCGGACAGGGACUCUGUCACUGAGUGAACUGAGGAAAGCAAUCAUGGCUAUAGGAAAAAGGAGCAGCGACAACAUGCUGAAUUUAAUGGCUCUGCGUUACGGCGACUCCUCUGGAUAUAUAUCUCUGGAGAACUUCAUUGGUUUGGCUCUUCGCUUUGAACGCAUGUCUCAAAUGUUCAGCAACUUGUCCAAUGGUACAGCUGUGACUCUUCAAGAACCAGAGUGGAUGUACCUUGUGAUGUACAGCUAACUUGUGAAUGAGAAGCUGGACCACAACAUGUCAGUCAAAGCUAAAGUUUACUUACAUGUUACAGUACAACAAAAUAUGCAGGUAUAAUUAAAUGAUUAUACAUUGAUACAUAUUGAACAUAUAUGAAACGUAAUGAUUUUCUUAAAUGGAGCCUAUCAUUUCAAAACAUUCAUAUACUAAAAAAACAUCUAAUUUUAAGACUUUGAGCUUUGAUCAGUUUUAUUUUUGUUUUAGUUAAUUUUGUUUUAAUUAAUUUUAACUCUAAAAUUUGCUAUCUGCCGAAUAAACAACCCACCCAGGGCAGAAUUUAAAAAAUAUACAUUUUGCAUUUUAAAUGAAAAUCUGUCUUUGUCUGUUUAAAAGUUGGCAUAUCUGAGCAUUUUAAUUAAGUUGGACAUUUUUUAGCCAUUUAAAUUACUUUUAAAAUGUGAAAGAAAGGUUUGUUUUUGUAUGUUUAAUCACUUGCUAAUCAUGGUAUGCUGAUUUCCUAAGUGAAUUUCUUCUUAGUUAAAGAACUAAUUGCUAGAUUAAUAGAUUACUAAAUCCAUAGCUGCGUAUCCCUGUGUUUCUGCUCUGUAAGGAUGACACUGUGGGUGGGCCUGUGGAAUCUCAAUUUGUACCAAGGCCCAUACCAUUGAAUGGUGAAAAAGAAAUUAAUCUAGAUUAGCAAUUUACUUAUAAAGAAAUAAUAAAUAUACAACUAUGUUUUACCUGCAGUGUGAGGAGUGUCGCUUAAGCUAAUUUAAUCUGAUGAAACUAACUUAUGCAGAUAUGCAUGGUAAAGAUUGGAAGUAACUCUUCACUCUAUGUGAAACUUUCUAUCCUUAGCUAUUAUGGCUAACAUGACUUCUAAACUGAAAAGCUAAGGAUAACCAUGUGCAUGUUCUGCGCAUGUUAGCGUCACCUUUAUUGAAAUAUGCAAUUUAAAAACUUGCUAAACAAAAGCCCAUUUGAAAGUUUUUGAAAAACAAAGAGUGAAAUACCUGGUGAAAAGUAAAAAAAAAACAUUACAGGAGAAGAAGGCACUACAAGGCCUUCAUCAUGCUGAAGAAUUGUUAAGAUCUUUUAUAUUUUGUAAUUAUAUUAUUCUGUGCAUUAAAUUUAAAAGCAUUAGAGCUGUACUACUCUAUAUUUGUAUCAGCUGCAGUUAACAUAUAUUUACUGUAGAGCUUGGAGCAUUUCAGAACUACAUGACAUUAAAAGAUUGGAUGUUUUCUGUUACAUGGAUAAAGUAGACAACCAGAAAUCCUCAAGAUUGAUGCACGUUGUUGGCCUUUAAUCUGUUUUGGGAUGGAUUUCAGUUGCCUCUAUAUAAGAAAGGCAGAGGAGUGUUUCACAUUAAAGAUGCUGUCCUGGGAUCAGGCACCUGAAAACAA